CCACCCACCCUCCAGACCAAACUAACAAGCACCCUCCACCUCCUCAUCCCGCGCCUCCGCCUCCUCCAGAAAAAAGACACCGCCAGCAGCGUCAUCCAGCGUCGCGAUUUGUCGGGGCUGCUCGCCGAGGGCCGCGACUCGAGCGCCCGCAUCCGCGUCGAGAAUGUGAUCGCCACCGACAUCGCCGUCGAGGUCAUGGAGAUGGUGGAACUGUACUGCGAGCUGCUUCUGGCUCGAGCGAACGUGCUCGAUCAGGCUGCGUUCGGGGAGCGGGGCGCGCUGGCCCGGAAUCGCGCGAGGGUGGCUGCUGCUUCCGCUGGUGGUGGUGCGAAGCAUUCUCCCCCGAGCUCUGGGGAUCCUGGCGCGGGCGCGGGCGCGGGCAGUAGUCAUGCGGGAGGGGGAGGGGGGGGAGGGGGGCGGUUCGCGUUCUUCGGCCUCGGGGCCAAACACCCCCCCAAACCCACCCCCGCCAGCACCAGCACCAGCACCAGCACCAGCACCAGCACCACCGCAACCGCGGAGCAUACACUCGACGAGGGCACCCCAGCAGGCCAAGGCCAAGGCCAAGGGCAAGACGAAUACCUCGACGCCGCGCUCGACGAAGCCGCGGCCGUGAUCUUCUACGCAACCCCGCGCUUCCCGCACGACGUGCGCGAGCUCACCAUCCUCCGCACGCUGCUGGCCGAGCGCUGGGGCAAGGAGUUCAUGGCGCUGGCGCAGGAGGACGCCGUGCCGGGCGUGCGCGUGCCGGGGCGCGUGGCCAAGGCGCUGCGCGUGCGCGCGCCGUCGGCCGAGUUGGUGGACUGUUACCUCCGGGAGAUCGCGCGGGCGUAUGGGGUGCAUUGGGGGCCGCGGGAUCAGGGGGUGGAGGGGGUGGCGCCCACGGUGGCGGGGUGGGAUGAGGUUUCGGGCGGCGAUUCUAACGGUGAUGGUUCCGCGGGCGAUGGUGCCGGGGGCGAUGGUGCCGGGGACCGCCCGUCGACGCCGCGACGCUCCCCAACCGAAACCGAAGCGCGGCGGGCGUCCGAAACGCUCGCGCUCAACCAGGCGACGCCGCCGCGCGGGUGGCAGACCCAAACAAGUCCCGUGAGUGUGAGUGUGGCGCCCCCCGGUCCGCGGUGGGAUAAUCCGCAUCCGCGCGUCAAGGUGCCCGGGGAGUCGGUUUCAGCGGGGUCCGCGACGGCGGCGACAGGCAAAACGAAGAGUGAGAUCCCGGAGUUGGAUGAGUUGACGAGGCGGUUUGCGGCGUUGCGGCGGUAGCGCAGCUUACAAAUGUGGUGGUGGUGGUGGUUACGCUUCGUGUGCAUACGUCUUACGCUUCUAUUAUACCUCCGGUUUGGAAUGGAUCAAAUCGAUUAUAUUCAUCAUCUAUCCUUCUCGCCCUCUUUUCCGGCAUCCACGCAAACGUAACAGGUAUCCGUAGCGAAACGCUCAUA